AUGAAUUGUUUAUAUUCAAUGAGGUAUCGUCGUUGGAUCGGCAAAUGUAAAGUAGAAAAAUACCGCGAUGGUCUCGCGUUCUCAAUGUUAUUUCUGAUGCCAUCUCAACUUCGAAAGAAAUUGCACGAAAGAGUCUCCAUAAAACGUAAGCCAAUUAGCAACAAAUUUUCAUUUCCAUUGACUCAACUGUUAAACUUUUACACUUUUACAGUUGAUAAGACAAGAGGUUUAGAAAUAAUUAAUCUCAAUCUUCAAUCACGUCUAUGGCAAGGGAUUUUACGUUUGGGUUCACAAUCCCAAAACUAUAGUUUUCAAUGCGAAGCAAGAAAUAAUUUCAUGGGUCGGGUCAGGAAAUGGCUUGGCUUGGUUUGGCUUGUUGAAGUGAAUGUUUUGAAUUGUUCACAACAUUUGAGUCAAGUUGUAGAUUUGGGUAUUGAGAGUUUAGAUAGCAUUCAUAAUGAAUAG